AUGGGCACGGAGCUGCAUCUCAAUGCUGAGCAGCACCCGUUGCUUUUUCUCUGCAGAAGAGUGCUGGAAGCGGCCAAGAGGGCAAACCAGACAGGGCACUUCAUCUGGAUGGGCUCGGACAGUUGGGGCUCCAAGAUCUCCCCUGUGCUGCACCUGGAGGAAGUGGCUGAGGGCUCUGUCACCAUCCUACCCAAGCGUGUGUCUGUCAAAGGUUUCGAUCGCUACUUCUCCAGCAGGACACUGGACAACAACCGCCGCAACAUCUGGUUUGCUGAAUUUUGGGAGGAAAACUUCCACUGCAAGCUGAGCCGACACGCGCUGAAGAAGGGCAGCAGCAUCAAGAAGUGCACCAACCGGGAGCGGAUUGGCCAGGACUCUUCAUACGAGCAGGAGGGCAAGGUGCAGUUCGUCAUCGACGCCGUCUACGCCAUGGGACACGCUCUGCACAACAUGCACAAGAACCUGUGCCCCGGCAAGGUGGGGCUGUGCCCCAAGAUGGACCCGGUGGACGGUGUGGAGCUGCUCAAGUACAUCCGCAACGUCAACUUCUCAGGCAUUGCUGGGACUCCAGUGACCUUCAAUGAGAAUGGAGAUGCACCAGGACGUUACGACAUCUACCAAUACCAGAUCAGGAACUCCACUCCUGAGUACAAAGUCAUCGGGCACUGGACCGACCACCUCCACCUGAAGAAACCACGCGGUCACAUCAACGCCCUGAAAACACAACUCAGCAGCAUCCCAGGGCCCUCGGUUCUGAGAAAACAAACCAUCGACUCCAUGCUUUAG